AUGACCAUUUUGUCAGUGACGAAAACAUCUGGUUUCACUGAAUAUCGAACUCAGCCAACAACUACUGAAGAGCAUCAAAGGAUUCUCUUGGUGCCCCCAACUCCAAAGAAAGACCCACCUGUAUGUAGUCCUUCUUACCCCGUCUUGUCACCAAGAAAAGUGGAUAAUUCUCCUCUUGAUGCAACAUCUGAACUGGCUCGUCGUAGGCGCCAAAUGAAUAUUAGAGAAUUUCUUCGGGAUAUCACUGAACAGCAACCGAAUGCUGAAGAUGUCGAUAGAACUCUCAGAUCUGCUAGAUCUCCAAUAUUGACUACCGGGGAAGGACCAAGUACAGAGGUUCUACCAAUGCAUCGAGCCCCUCUUGUCUCGGGUUCACGAGUUGUUCAGCGUUUUCCCUUCGGGCAUUCUGUCAACACCCCCGUAUCUCUUUCCAUGCUCUGUGAAUCCACCGAUGUGUUGAUUGGCGACUUGGGUUGGCAUCUCAAUACCGUAAAUGCUCCAGUUGGCAGUAGGAAACGCCAAUCGGGCAUCUCAACAACUGCAUCAAUUGCCUCGAAUGAAUCAGAUAGCGAAAACACUCCUUCCGGUGGUUCUAGUCAAUCCGCAAGCGGGUCACAACAACAAAACCGUCAUUCUCGGCGGGUUUCAAAUCGUUCUCAUCUCAGAAGAACUACAGAAAUCGGUCAUGGGUCUUCUAACACGCUGUUGCAGGAUAUUGUAAAUGCUGAGGGGCAAACAACCUCUAGGAAAAGGCCGUUAGAACAGAGCCGCGAACAUUCUUCCGAAUCCAAGAGUAUCGACGAAUCUGAUAGUGAAAACUCAAGUGAGCUUGCAAAUACUUCAAGGGAUUCGGAGCCUCUAGAUCAAUGCAUGUACCCUGGCGCGAAUAAUUAUAUGAAUCUAAGUUUCUCACCUACGGGAUGGCUUCCCUUCGUCCGAGUUGAGCAUUAUUAUUACUUCUACGACCUUCAAGCGACUCUGCUGUUUCCCAAAAUUCAAACAUCAAGCCACGCCAAUAUUCCCACACAAAAGCGAUUUAUUUACGAAUAA